AUGUGGAAGAUAUCCCGUUUCCGUUCGCUAUUUCGUCUCCCCGUCCGCCGCGGAUCCAGUGGUUCUCGGGGAUUCACAAACUCAACGGCUCGUGAACACACGGUACAUGACACCAAGGUGAACACGCAAGGCCCAGACGACCUGUUUAGAUAUACCUCUGGACGGUGGUUGGUCGACGAGAAGCGUCAGCUCGAACAGCGGUUUGUGAAAUUUAGCAUCGACAAGCUUUGCUCCCGUGCCGCUGCUGUCUUUGGGCCCAAGACGAAAUGUGUGCGGGUUGUCAAGAUCGAGGGAAACUCUAACAAGGCCUUCCUCCUCACGAUGGACGAUGGGAACGAAGCGAUAGCGAAGAUCCCGUGUCCGAACGCCGGAGCGCCAUUGCUGACAACAGCCUCCGAGGUAGCGACGUUGAAGUUUUUACGAUCCCGUAUAUCUCUUCGAGUACCGGAGGUAUAUGACUGGAGUGCGGACCCGUCAAACCCGGUGGGGGCGGAAUAUAUCAUCAUGGAAAAGAUCUGUGGAGUUGCCCUUGCAGAGAAAUGGGAGUCGAUGAACUCCCUGCAGCGCUACAAGAUAAUCGAUAGGAUCGUGGAGAUGGAAACAGAAUUCAGGAACUUGAAAUUACCAGCGUACGGCAGUCUUUUCCUGCGAGAUUCACUACCAUCCGAGUACCAUCGCUAUCCACUUCCCCCGGGUUUGGAUCCGGAUGGGGUGUUCUGCAUCGGCCCAUUGAGCAGUCGACCGCAGCGUCAUAAUAAGUCCACCGAAGCAUCCAAACUAAGUACUGGGCCAUGGGAUACAAUUUCGGACUUUACGCUAUCCAUACCACACAAGGAACUGGCCCUGAUUGCCGCGGAUAGGGGCAGAGUUCAAGCGCUUCUUAACCGAUUCGACGACCACCAGUCUGUCGACGAGUAUUCUGACCUUUUACAAAAGGCGACGCAUGUUCUUCCCUAUCUAUCGAAGGAUGCACAGGUACUCAAAUGGUCAGACUCAGUCCUUUGGCAUUCCGACCUCCAUCUCGGGAAUAUUUAUGUCUCCCCUGACGACCCAACCACGGUUGAAGGCGUGAUUGAUUGGCAGUCGAUCGAAGCGUGCCCGCUAUUUAUACAGACACAGUUUCCCGAGUUUCUUCGGCCGCCAAAAAUCUACCGUCCAGGAACAGAGAUCCCGGGGUUACCAGGCAAUUUCGACGAGCUGGACCCCGAUGAAAAGAAGAGAAUCAAGGAAGAGCAAACCCUGGCUACUCAAUCAAAGUACUAUGAGAUGUAUUGUCUUGGAUAUAACGCGCCUGUCUAUAACGCAAUGAAGCUGGAUCGACGACUAUGGGAACCCUUUGUUUGUUGCGAGCUUCCCUCAACCGGCUUCUUGGUUCCGCUACGGAACUCUCUCAUACGGAUCUUUCAUGACUGGAGUCUCCUUGGGUUUCCAGGCAGCUGUCCGUUUGCGUUCACCGAAGAAGACCUGAAACGGCACAACGAGCAAGUCCGACGAUACGAGGACAACCGGUACUUGCUGGAUGUCAUCAAGGGCAAACUUCGUACCGACGACAACGGCUAG